GAACGCUAGCCCCCGCCGGCUGCUCUCAGUCCCCAGCUCGAGGCGUCGGACAUGCUGAAGCCGGGGGAUCCCGGCGGCUCGGCCUUCCUCAAAGUGGACCCAGCUUACCUGCAGCACUGGCAGCAACUCUUCCCGCACGGAGGCGGCGGCGGCGGCCCGCUCAAAGGCAGCGGCGCCGCGCUCGCCCUGGGCGCGCCACAGCCCCUGCAGCCACCGCCACCACCGCCGCCGCCUCCGCCUCCCGAGCGCGCCGAGCCUCCUCCGGACGGCCUGCGGCCGCGGCCCGCCUCGCUCUCGUCCGUCUCGUCCACCCCGGCUCCUUCCUCCACCUCUGCCUCUUCUGCCUCCUCCUGCGCCGCCGCGGCCGCAGCCGCCGCCGCGCUGGCGGGUCUCUCGGCCCUGCCGGUGGCGCAGAUGCCGGUGUUCGCUCCUCUAGCUGCUGCAGCGGUGGCCGCAGAGCCACUGCCCCCAAAGGACCUGUGCCUCGGCGCCUCCUCGGGCCCCGGACCGGCCAAGUGCGGCGGUGGCGGUGGCAGCGUGGGGGACGGCCGUGGCGUCCCACGUUUCCGCUGCAGUGCCGAGGAGCUGGACUAUUACCUGUACGGGCAGCAGCGCAUGGAAAUCAUCCCGCUCAACCAGCACACCAGCGACCCCAACAACCGUUGCGACAUGUGCGCGGACAACCGUAACGGGGAGUGCCCCAUGCACGGGCCACUGCACUCGCUGCGCCGGCUCGUGGGCACCAGCAGCGCGGCAGCCGCUGCACCCCCGCCGGAGCUGCCCGAGUGGCUUCGGGACCUGCCGCGGGAGGUGUGCCUGUGUACCAGCACGGUGCCAGGCCUGGCGUACGGCAUCUGUGCCGCGCAAAGGAUCCAGCAGGGCACCUGGAUUGGGCCCUUCCAGGGCGUGCUCCUGUCCCCGGAGAAAGUGCAGACCGGCGCAGUGAGGAACACGCAGCACCUCUGGGAGAUAUAUCAGCAGGAUGGUAAUCUGCACUUUUUUAUUGAUCUUUAUGAUCCUAUUGCCAAGAGCCACUUUGUGGUGACAAAAUAUGUUGACAAGUGCGUAUCUCACUGCCAUGAAAAAUUUGGGUUUUCUUUUGUUUUAAAUAGGUCGAAUAUAUUCUACCGAGCCUGUAUAGAUAUCCCCAGGGGCACGGAGCUUCUAGUGUGGUACAAUGACAGCUAUACAUCUUUCUUUGGGAUCCCUUUACAAUGCAUUGCCCAGGAUGAAAACUUGAACGUCCCUUCCACGGUAAUGGAAGCCAUGUGCCGACAGGAUGCCCUGCAGCCCUUCAACAAAAGCAGCAAGCUUUCUCCCUCGGGUCAGCAGCGCUCCGUGGUUUUCCCACAGACUCCCUGCAGCAGGAAUUUCUCCCUCUUGGAUAAAUCUGGGCCCAUGGAGGCAGGAUUUAACCAAAUCAACGUGAAGAAUCAGAGGGUCCUGGCGAGCCCAACCUCAACCAGCCAGCUGCACUCGGAGUUCAGCGACUGGCACCUCUGGAAGUGCGGCCAGUGCUUUAAGACUUUCACGCAGCGCAUUCUCCUGCAGAUGCAUGUGUGCACGCAGAACCCCGACAGACCCUACCAGUGUGGCCACUGCUCGCAGUCCUUUUCCCAGCCGUCAGAACUGAGGAACCACGUAGUCACUCACUCCAGUGACCGGCCUUUCAAGUGCGGCUACUGUGGCCGUGCCUUUGCUGGAGCCACCACCCUCAACAACCACAUCCGGACCCACACUGGAGAAAAGCCCUUCAAGUGCGAGAGGUGCGAGAGGAGCUUCACCCAGGCCACGCAGCUGAGUCGACACCAGCGCAUGCCCAAUGAGUGCAAGCCGAUAACCGAGAGCCCGGAAUCAAUCGAAGUGGAUUAACUGAUUGACUGGCUGGAAUUAAACAGCAAGGAAAGUCAUGAUUAAAUGUCACGGACACUUAAGCAAAACCAAAGAUUUCCUCUGAACAACUUUCAAUCAGUCCCAGAAAACCAAAAGCAGUAAUAAAAUAAGUAAGAUGUUAAGAGAUAUUGAUCCUGGCGUGGAAGUCAGACCAAGCAAGAGAUUAUUUAUUUAUGACUAGGGAUAAGACAGAUUUCCAUGGACUGCUCACCUGGGAUGGCUCGUGUUUCCAGUCCCAACCAUGUGUUUGCUUUAUUUCUAAAAAAGCUUUUUUAAAAACU